UACCUGGACCGGAUGUGACUUGUCGGGAAGCCGGUAUGUACGAAUGUGCGCUACAAGGACAGGUUGGGCAAUACACUUACGUCACCAGAAUGGACCGGCUGGAUGUUGACGUGCAAGUGCUACCUGACAGAAUUGAGCCCAUCGAGGGAGAGUGGGGUACCACUGUGGUGACAGGGGAGGGACGAUUCCCCGUGGGAGGGACAGUAACUCUUCUGUGUAACAGCACGGUCGGUGAUCCACCUUCUAACCUGUACUGGAUCGUCAAGCGUGCUAACGACACAGAUUAUAUAUUUCUCAAUGACACUGACCAAUCACAACCCUCCGUUUCGGAAUCCUGUCAGCUCCGACGUACGAGUCGCAUCGUGUGGACAGUCACAUCGGCCUACGAGGAGACGCUGUUCGUGUGUGCGGUUGGCCCGACGAACAUCUCCUCUCGACUAAACACAACAUUUACACUUUUUGCAAUAUCCUGCGAGGGAGAUUGCACAGUGGUGACAACAGCAGUGCCCAAUCCGUCGACCGGUAUAACGUCAGGAGUGAUUGCGGCGGCCGUCGUCACACCUUUGAUUUUCCUGGCCAUGCUUAUCACUCUUGUCGUUAUGUUGAAGUUUCCAGGUGCCCGGGCUGUACUUUGCAAACGGAAAUCCAUUGAAACCAAGGUGAAGCCAUAUGCUUCUAGAUUGGAUAUUCCCCAAGACCUGAAUGGCACGGGUACGUCAGCGCCCCCUACUGGUACUUCUCUGACAAAUGGACAUGGAUCAUCCAUAUAAAGGCUGUAAUCAUUACAGCGUCUAAUCAACACACAUGUACUACACGUGACAUAAAUUUUAAAAUCAGAAGAAAAUAACGACGGAAUGUUACCCAACCACCUGCUUGGACUGAAAUGUCAUGAAAUGCAAAAACGUUUAACGUGAUUAUAUAGAGGAACAAAUGGUUAAAGAUGACAUUUCAUGACUUUUUUAGCGGAAUACAAGACCUAGUUAAAAUGAUAUUUAAAAUGUAUCAAGACACCAAACAGCAACGUUUAUGAUUUCAAUAAUUUUUCAAUGUUAAUUUAUUAAGGAUAUUUCACAGUUUCUGUCCAAAAGUUUCCAGCUCAAUAUAUGCUAAUGAACAAUAAACGUAAAACGCUGAAACCGGAGUCAUUGUAGAAUGCUAGCUGUGAGCGCCAAAAUGACAGCAUCGGCUGUAUGCUCCCCAGGGAGUCGAGAAAGAUAUU